ACCACGUCUCUAUCACUUGUUUGUCUGUAUUACUGUAACCCUCGACUCAUCUCUAUCCUAUUUCCCACGAUGCAUUAUUGCCACUCAGAUACCAUAGACAGCCAAAUUCUACAGUGCUGCUCACCAAUUUCUCUAUCUCUGAAUAAAUAGUCCCCUGAAUGUUUCAAUUCGCUUCAUCACGCUAUAUAGCAUCCAUCCAUCCCCCGCGAUUCCGAACUAAGGAUGCACGCCGGGAAAUUGCAGUACGCUUCACCUCUUACGCCGCACCCGCCGACGGACUUGGCUGAUGAAGCGAGCUGGGUGUGGACGCAGAUUAAGGCCGAAGCUCGGCGCGACGCCGAGGCGGAGCCUGCUUUGGCUAGUUACUUGUACUCCACCAUACUUUCACACUCGUCGCUGGACCGUUCGGUUUCCUUCCACUUGGGGAACAAGCUCUGCUCCUCCACGCUCCUCUCCACGCUUCUCUACGAUAUCUUCAUCAACGCUUUCUCAAACGACUCGGAACUCCGGGCCGCCACCGUCGCUGAUCUCCUCGCCGCUCGCUACCGGGACCCUGCCUGCGUUUCCUUCUCUCACUGCCUCCUUAAUUACAAAGGCUUUCUAGCUUCCCAGAAACAGAAUAUUGAAAAUUAUUGGAAAAAGACAUUCUUCUUGUGCAUAGAAGACCGAUUGAUGCACUUGUCAGACGAGUUGAGAUGUGUGGAGAAGAGGCAGGGAAGAGAGGGAGAGGAAGGCCCAAACAGACGUGGGUUAGGGGAGUCAGAAGUGAUAUGCUUCUUCUUGAAUUGGAUGAAGGCACAUCGAGUCUCUCACAAGCUUUGGAACCAAUCUCGUAGGCCCCUCGCUCUUGCACUUCAAUCGAGAAUCUCAGAUGUUUUUGCUGUUGACAUUCACCCAGCCGCAAAGAUUGGAAAAGGCAUCCUUUUUGACCAUGCCACAGGAGUCGUGGUUGGUGAGACAGCAGUUAUUGGGAACAAUGUCUCAAUACUCCACCAUGUAACCUUAGGAGGCACCGGUAAGAUUGGUGGUGACCGCCACCCUAAGAUUGGUGACGGGGUGCUGAUCGGUGCAGGGGCAACUAUACUUGGAAAUGUAUGCAUUGGAGCGGGAGCCAAAAUCGGGGCUGGUUCAGUAGUAUUGAUGGACGUGCCUCCACAGACAACCGCAGCGGGGAAUCCAGCAAGGCUAGUAGGAGGGAAGGCACAACCAACUAAGCAUGAGGAAGUUCCUGGAGAGUCAAUGGACCAUACCUCUUUUAUUUCUGAAUGGUCAAAUUUGCCGAGAAUGACGAAGUUAUAACAUGCUGAAAUUAUGGCUGAAUGGACUGGAUUUGCGAACUUAUGAAGAAACAAAGUUACUCUGGUAUAAUGCAUUUUAUUAAUGAAUAAGAAAAAAUAAAAUGAAACAACUAAAAUGGUCCUCGCCAGCCAAUUCAGUCAAAAAUUACCUCCAGGCUCCAGUCCUGCUUUUUACAAUAAGACUAGUAGGACAAUGUUACUGAAGUAUCAAACGGACAUUAAGUGGUCUCUACUCUAUGCGAUUGUUGUACCAUUUUAGUUGAUUGGUGAACUAUUUAGUUUUUGUAUAGUAGUGAAAUAAAGUGAAUUGUUUUGGACCUCUUUAUGAUGUUUAGUCAAUGGGUUGUAUUCAGUUCCGCUAUUCUGCACGAAACCAUUCAAAGUUUUAUUUAUGCUAUCUUUGUCAUGUUA